AUGGUGAAUCACGGCAGCCCCACUCACAGUCCCCAGCCAGAGGGUCCAUGCACCUUGGCCUUGGGGACCUACAGGCAGCAAGCUAUUCUCGCUCUCCUAGGCGUAGCCCCUGGUGUCGGUGUGGGGCCGGGGGUGGGCGUGGCUCCUGGAGUGGUUCCUGGUGUGGCUCCCGGCGUGGCUCCUGGUGUUGUUCCCGGCGUUGGCGUUGUUCCUGGUGUCGGUGUCGUCCCAGGAGUAGGGGGCCCAGCUGCAGCCAAGUCUGCUGCCAAGGCAGCUGCCAAAGCCCAGUAUGGGGCUGCCGCUGGGCUUGGUGCAGUCAUUCCUGGCUUUGGAGUUGGUGCUGGAGUUCCUGGCUUUGGAGUUGGUGCUGGUGUUCCUGGCUUUGGGGCAGGGGCAGGGGCAGUGCCUGGAUCCCUGGCCGCAGCUAAAGCAGCCAAAUAUGGUGCAGGAGGCGCUGGGGCUCUCGGUGGAGUUGGUGUCCCAGGCCUGACAGGAGCUGGACCUGCUGCCUCAGCUGCUGCCGCCAAAGCUGCUGCCAAAGCUGCUCAGUAUGGUGCUGUCCCAGGCGUCGUCCCAGGUGCUGUUCCAGGUGCUGUUCCAGGUGUCGUCCCGGGUGUCGUCCCAGGUGCUGUUCCAGGUGCUGUUCCAGGUGUCGUCCCAGGUGCUGUCCCAGGUGCUGUCCCAGGAGUGGUCCCAGGUGUGUCCCCCGCCGCAGCUGCUAAGGCGGCCAAAUAUGGUGCUGCUGGCCUGGGAGGUGUCCUAGGAGCCACCAGGCUGUUCCCAGGAGGAGUCGCAGCAAGACCUGGCUUCGGGUUGUCUCCCAUCUUCCCAGGUGGUGGUGCCGGAGGCCUGGGAGUCGGUGGAAAACCUCCCAAGCCCUAUGGAGGGGCCCUGGGAGCCCUGGGAGCCCUGGGAUACCAAGGUGGGGCCUGUGUGGGGAAAGCCUGUGGCCGGAAGAGAAAGUGAGCUUCCCAGGACCCUGACUCACGACCUCAUCAACGUUGGUGCUACUGCUUGGUGGAGAAUGUAAACCCUCUGUGACCCCACCCCACGCCCUCUCCUCAUCCUGCCCUGGGAAGGGACGGGCAGGCCGGGCGGCCUAGGAAAUCCACAGGACAAGGAAAUAAGAGAGUGGUGACCAAGUGCCCCGACCAGCAGGCCCCUACUUCAGAGGCAAGGGGUGGGUGGCUCGGCCCCCUGCCCCAUCCCCUUCCCACCCAGGAGCUCCCCCUCCACACAGUCUCCAUCUCCAGGGGAACUUGGUGCUACAAGCUGGUGCUCUCAUCUUCCUGGGGGAGGGAGGAGGGAAGGGCAGCCCUUGGGGAACCCCCUCCCUGGGGCUCCUCUGAAGAUGGUGCACACACUCCCUGGGCAGUCCCACCUCCCCCUGCCCACCAGGACACACCCCUGGCUGCGGUCCAGUUGGUACCCAAGCACCUUAAGCCUCAAAGCUGGAUUCGGUCACACUGUCAUCCCUCCUCUCAUUGGUCCAUUUGGGCCCUCCCCCCUCAACAGCUGUUCCCACAUCUGGGCUGCCUUCGAGUCAGAAGAC